AAAUUUAAACUCUUUGGUCGUAGUAUUUGACAUCAAGAAUACUCAUGAAGCAGAGGAUGUAAAGGACAUAUCAUAUAGCAUAUGGAGGAAAUGGAAAUAAACAAAUAGAAUGAAAUAUAUAGCAAAACACACACACACACACACACACACACACACACACGAAAGAGAGAGGAAAGAGAUAAAAAGGUGCCGUUAUAAAGGCUACACCCCGAAAACCGUGGUCACAUGUAAACAAACCUGCUGGCGAUGUGCAGAGGGCUCGACAAUGCUACAUAAUGUGUCAAGAAACUGUUGUUGUUUAUGCGGCAAGAGGAAGUCUACACACCCAAACAUAGUAUUUCAUUUAUUUCCCAAGGAUGCGAAGAGACGACAACAGUGGGUGCAAACCCUCAACAUUGCCUAUGUGAAACACACACAGGUGGUGUGUGAGGAUCAUUUUGUGCCUCAUCACAUAGGCUCAAAGGGGCAUCUUCUGAGCACUGCUGUUCCAAUUCCCACAAAUGGCAGUGAGGGACAGACUUCCUCAAGUGUUGUGCAUACCACUGAGCAGCAAGCUUCCUCAGGUGUUACUGCAUCAGCAGAGGCACAGAAUGUAGCAGAAACAGAUCAUGAUGCAAGCACCUUAUAUGAACUGCCAAGCUAUGAUUUGUAUGCUUCAGGUUUUGGCCGUCUAGAAGAGCCUUGUGAUGUGCUAUUGCCUGCCUUGCCACUAUCUGAAGUAUAUACAUCUUUGGCUCAAGAACCAUCACAAAGUAGUACAGGUUAUUUGCAUGAUGAGCAAGAUUGUUUUGGUACGGAGUUUAGUGUUCUCCCCAAUGCCCAUCAGCUGCUUCUCCACCCACAGCCCCAGGAAGAGCUAUUACCUCUGCAGCCAUGCGAAGAAGAUGAUGACAACAAUUUGGACCACCAAGAGCGGCACAUCACAAUGUCCUCUGCUUCAACUUUUAGUUUUAAAGAGAACUCAUUGCCUCAUGAUGAUCUUGGUGGAGAUAACCUUGGAAAUGACCCAGAAGAUACUGAGUAUAGUUCAGAUGAUGAUUUUGCUUUCUGGCAAAAGAUGAAGAGGCAUGCAAAGCGAAGGGGUAAAAAAUCAUCCAGGAACAAACUUUUUGCUAAGUACAUGAAAUCUUCACAUCAGAGUAAUUUAAGAAACUCUCAUAUAAACAUUCAGAGGUGUAGUGAUCAACAAUCAUCAUCAACAAAAGAAGGCAACAAGACAUCUGAUAAAGUCAACAGUGUUGUAAAAGGAUCAGAAAAUGAUGACUGGAUAACUGAUGAUGAAGUGGAUGAUGAGGAUCAUGAAAACAUUGAACUGGCCUUCAAGAGAGAGUUUGAGGAGAAACGUCUUCCACCCAAUAGUAAGGAGAAAAACUUUGUAUGCAAAAUUUGUGGGAAGGCAUAUUCAAAGCACAGUUUCUUAAGGGCACAUAUUGUUAAAGAUCACAAAGAACAUGAAGAAGCCAAGAGGUACCCAUAUUUUUGUCAGCAUUGCAAGAAAGUUUAUGUCAAAGAAAAAGAUCUGUUGAAACACCAGCAGCAAUUCAGUGGCCCUUGUGAAAUAUGUGGGGUAGUGCUAGGAUGCAGUGAUCUGUUUUGGGUACAUAGAAGAGAUCAUGACAGUGUUUGUAAGGUGUGUAACAAGGAAUUCAGGAAAAUGAGUUCAUUGUACAUCCAUAUGAACAUGAAACACUCAAAAAAAGGAGUAUCUUGUCCUGUCUGUGAUAAAAGAUUUCGUUAUAAAUCCUUAAUAAAAAAGCACAUUGCAAAGGUACAUGAUAAUUCUGAAUUAACAAGAUACAAAUGUGACAGUUGUGAUUUCUCAGUAAUGACACAAAGGGCUCUGAAAAUUCAUCAGAGUAAGGUUCAUGGUUCAAAGCUUGAUUUGUUUACCUGUAAGAAAUGUAAAAAGACAUUUAGCACUAAGCUGACUUAUAAGAAUCAUGUUGCUAUCCAUGUUAGGAAAAGCAACAUUAUUUGCCCUCUGUGUUCUAAGAAAUUUAUAUCACAGGAAGAAUUACAAACACACAGAAUAUCUGUCCAUGAAGUAACAGAUAGAGUAGAUAGUAGAAAAGGGACACUAUCAAGCCAUCUAAAUAGUAGUCAUUUGUCACACUAUGUAUGUGCUUUGUGUAACAUAACAUUGAGUAGUAAUGAAGACAUGUCUCAGCAUAUGCAUAAGUACCAUGACAUGGAUAUAGAUUCUCCCAGAGAAAUUAGACUAGAAAUUGAACGAGUUCAUCUUUCAGAAAUUGAUGAAAAUGCUAAAGGUGUGGUGCAGGCUGUAGGCAAUGAGGAGACAUAUCUUCAGAAGUUAGACAAACCUACAAAUGGAGACUUUUCCACACACUUUGGCAGUUCUAGUGGUAGGUCAGCUUUGCUUGUGCCAGCCAGUGCAAUGCCUCCAAAUGUAAAUAUGGUGGAGGUUAAUGGAGUGCAAUACCAUGUUAUAAGGGAAAAUCAGCAGCACUGACCUUAUGUUUUCAUUUAGUCUAUCAUCCAUUUGUCAUUUUUAGAGAGAGAGAGAGAGAGAGUUUUAUAUAACAUUACAAAUAGAAUAAUACUUUGUCCCGACUUCUUGUCCAUCAAUCUCCCCAGUCUGCAACUAUAUAAAUAAAAACAACAUAUUUGGUUGCAAAUCCUUCAUCCAGAACUGAAAAAUCAUAAGAUAUAAGUUUUCAAGUACAGGCAUUAGCUAUGACUCACCUAUGAUACUAUAACAUAACCAUGUGUGACCCCAAAACAAAACCCCCCACAUGUGUUGUACAGUGAGUAUUCAUCACCAUAUGCACAUAAUUUAGCUCCUCCAUGAGGAGCCACUAUUGGUAAGAUCUAUCUACAAGUGUCUAAUUUUUAUCUUAAGCUAUAAAUACUUCUUGCAUUGACCACA